GAGAAACACACUUGAGAACUCCACAUGGUAAAGUUCAGAAGCAGAGAAGAGUGGGAGAGCAGAAAGAGAGACUCAGCCAGUAAAGAGAGAGUAUGCAGACUGUAGAUCUGGUGUUAGUUUCCCUUUAAAACGCUACUCUAGACAGAGUCUGGGUCUCUAUUCUGCAGUUAUAACUUUUAGGCUUUAGCUCUGGGUUCUUCUGAAGGGUGUGUGUUGUGGAUCAUGCAGGGCAAGGCUGGACGAGCCGCCCGUAAGGAUGCAGUGUGUGAGACCCCUCAGAAGGGCAGGAGUCAGGAGGAGAUGGAGGUAGAGUGGGAAACAACAGCACCUGUAGGGGUAAAACCGAAGGUGAUCGAGCCGUUGGACUAUGAGAGUGUCCAUGUCCAGAGGAAGACACAGAUACUCAGUGAUGUCCUCAGAGAUAUGCUGCAGUUCCCUAUUGAUGACUUUCAGAUCUCCAUUUUAAAGCGUCAAGGCAGAACUCAGUACUCUUCAGUACCAGUUGGGGCAGAAAAGAGAGCCAGCAGCUUGCUCGUCCAGGAGUAUGGAGGAGACAGAGAUGUUUUUUUACUUCCACAGUGCAUCAAGACCUACAACUCUGACUGGCAUGUGGUGACUUACAAGUAUGAGGAUUAUUCUGGAGACUUCCGGCAACUUCCAAAUAAAGUUCCGCGACCAGAGAAACUAGCCAGUCAGGUGUUUGAGGUGGACGAGGAUGCAGAUAAGGAGGAGGAUGCCGCCUCAUUAGGUUCUCAAAGAGGGGGUGUGUCCAAGCACGGCUGGCUACAUAAAGCAAAUAUGAACAGUGCCAUCAGUGUUACCAUGAGGUCUUUUAAGAGAAGGUAUUUCCACUUAACCCAGCUGGGAGAUGGAUCAUACAACCUGAACUUCUACAAAGAUGAGAAAAUAUCAAAAGAACCCAAAGGAACCAUUUUCCUGGACUCCUGCAUGGGUGUCAUCCAGAACAGUAAAGUGCGACGUUUUGCAUUUGAGCUGAAGAUGCAGGAUAAAAGCACAUAUCUUCUGGCUGCAGAUAGCGAGGGAGAGAUGGACGACUGGACCAGCACUCUCAACAAGAUCCUCCACAGCAGCUUUGAGCUCGCCAUGCAGGAGAGGAGAAACGGAGAGCUCCAUGAUGAUGAUGAGCUGGGCAAGACGGAUAUCUUGCCAGGGAAUUUUCAGGACAGUUUCCAGAGUGCAAGAGACAUUGAGUCCAAGAUGAGGAGUGAGACUCGUCUCAAGCUCUUCACUUUGGACCCUGACACACAGAGACUCGAUUUGUCUGGCAUUGAGCCUGACGUGAAGCAGUUUGAUGAGAAGUUUGGGAAGAGAAUUGUGGUCAACUGCAAUGAUCUAUCCUUCAACCUGCAGAGCUGUGUAGCAGAGAAUGAGGAGGGACCUACAACUAAUGUGGAGCCGUUCUUUGUGGUUCUUUCCCUGUUUGAUGUGCAGAACAGCCGAAAAAUAUCUGCAGAUUUUCAUGUGGAUCUGAGCCAUCCACUGGUCAGAUCCCUAAUUACACCACCCAGCAUGCAGAUAAAUGGAGGGGUGGACACACCUCACGGGGAAAAGCUGCUUAGUGAACUACCGGAGGGGAUGCUGCAGUAUCCUAGAAAAGGUGUCUUCUCUGUGACGUGUCCUCACCCUGACAUCUUCCUGGUGGCACGGAUCGAGAAAGUUCUGCAGGGAGGCAUCACCCACUGUGCUGAGCCCUACAUGAAGAGCUCCGACUCCAGCAAGGUUGCCCAGAAGGUUUUGAAGAAUGCCAAGAUGGCCUGUAGCAGACUGGGCCAGUACAGGAUGCCUUUUGCAUGGGCGGCCCGGGCCGUGUUUAAAGAUGCCUCAGGUACUCUGGAUAAAAGUGCUCGGUUCUCUGCGCUAUACCGGCAAGACAGUAAUAAACUCUCUGAAGAGGAUCUCUUCAAACUGCUGACAGAUUUCAGAAAACCUGAGAAGAUGGCCAAACUUCCUGUCAUCUUGGGUAACCUGGAUGUGACCAUUGAUAGCGUCCCUCCUGAUAUGGCUAAUUGUGUGACUCCAUCCUACAUCCCAGUAAGGCCUUUUGAAUGUAAUGAGCAGAGUGAUGAUGUUCUGUUGGAGGUUGAGGAGUUUGUUCCCUGCAUUGCCAAGUGCUCUCAACCCUUCACCACCUAUAACAAUCAUCUCUACGUCUACCCAAAACACCUCAAAUAUGACAACCAAAAGUCUUUUGCCAAGGCGAGGAACAUUGCAGUGUGUGUGGAAUUCAGAGAUUCGGAUGAAGAAAAUGCACAACCUCUAAAGUGUAUAUAUGGUCGUCCAGGAGGUCCUCUCUUCACCAAACAUGCCUAUGCUGCUGUUCUGCACCACCAGCAGAACCCAGAGUUCUAUGAUGAGAUUAAAAUCGAGUUGCCCACACAGCUCCAUGAGAAGCAUCACCUGCUCUUCACUUUUUAUCACAUCAGCUGUGACAGCAGCACAAAGAAACGGGACAUUGUGGAGACUCCAGUUGGUUCUGCCUGGCUUCCUUUGCUUAAAGAUGGUCGUGUAGUUAUGAGUGAGCAGAACAUCUCUGUGGCAUCCAACCUACCAAAUGGUUACCUCAGCUGCCAGGAGGUCGUAAGCAAGCACUCUUGUCCUGAGAUAAAGUGGGUGGACGGAGGACGUCCUCUCUUCAGAGUGUCUACACAUCUUGUCUCUACUAUUUACACUCAGGAUCAGCACCUGCAAAAUUUCUUCCAUCAUUACCAGAGUAUGCAGUCUGGUGCCACCCGUCUGACUGAGGGUGAGCUUGUCAAAUACCUCAAGAGUCUUCAUGCCAUGGAAGGUCAUGUGAUGAUCAAAUUCCUACCGACUAUUUUAAACCAGCUGGUUUGUGUUCUGACCAGCACCAAUAAUGAGGAUGUGGCAGUAAACACCACCAGAGUCAUGGUUCACAUUGUUGCCCAGUGCCACGAAGAGGGUCUAGAGCACUACCUGAGAUCAUAUGUGAAGUACGUGUUUAAAACUGAGUCCUACUCAAUGAGUUACAAUAAGACAGUGCACGAAGAGUUAGCCAAAGCCAUGACUUCCAUCUUAAAGCCCUCAACUGACUUCCUAACUAGCAACAAGCUCCUCAAGUAUUCGUGGUAUUUUUUCGAAGCCCUGGUGAAGUCGAUGGCUCAAUACCUGAUGGAGAGUGGCAAGGUGAAGCUGUCCAGGAACCAGCGAUUCACAGCUUCAUUCCACCAUGCUGUGGAGACACUGGUGAACAUGUUAAUGCCCCACAUAACCCAGAAGUACAAGGACAAUCUGGAUGCUGCCCGCAAUGCCAACCACAGCCUGGCUGUCUUCAUAAAGCGCUGCUUUACCUUUAUGGAUCGAGGAUUUGUCUUUAAGCAGAUAAACAAUUACAUAAGCUGUUUCGUACCUGGAGAUCCAAAGACGCUAUAUGAGUUUAAAUUUGAGUUUCUGCGGGUGGUGUGUAAUCAUGAGCAUUACGUCCCUCUCAACCUGCCAAUGCCUUUUGGGAAGGGACGCAUUCAGAGGUUUCAAGAUCUGCAGUUGGACUAUUCCCUGACUGAUGAUUUCUGCAGGAAUCACUUUCUAGUUGGUCUUUUAUUAAGAGAGGUUUGUGGAGCCCUUCAGGAGUUUGGUGAGGUCCAUCAGAUUGCCAUUCAAGUGCUGAAAAGUCUGAUGAUUAAACACACGUUUGACGAUCGCUAUGCCUCAAAGAGUCAGCAGGCCAGGUUGGCCACACUCUAUCUACCCUUGUUUGGAUUGCUACAAGAGAAUGUUCACAGACUCAACGUGAGAGACACAUCUCAAUUUACCACCAGCCAGAAUGGGCGAGAUGACCCCAGCAUCUCUAUGGCAACCCCCCAAAAGCCUGUUGGGAACCUUGACAACAGCCUUCAUAAAGAUGUGUUUGGGGUCAUCUCAGGAACUACAUCUCCUCACACUUCCACACCCAACAUUGGCUCUGUGCAGCAUGCUGACUCUCGAGGUUCUUUGGUCAGCACAGACUCAGGAAACAGCCUCCCUGAGAAGACCAGCUCCCUGGAUAAGACUCAGUCAGCCACUGCUCUAGGCAGCUCUAUGCUGCGCUGUGAUAAAUUGGACAGAGAAGAAAUCAAAAACCUGCUCAUGUGUUUCCUCCAUGUUCUAAAGAGCAUGUCUGAAGAUGCCUUAUUUACAUAUUGGAACAAAGCAACAAACUUAGAGCUGAUGGACUUUUUCACUUUAGUAGAAGUGUGUCUGCAUCAGUUCAGGUAUAUGGGAAAGAGAUUCAUUGCCAGAAGCCAGGAGGGGGUGGGGUUUAUGGCUCCGGACAGAAAAUCGUUGACUCUUCCUGUGUCUCGUAACAGAGGGGGCGUCACGCAUACACGUUUACACCAGCUGGGCAGCCUGGAAAACACACACACUUUCAACCACACAUAUUGCCAUGGGGAUGCUGACACAUGUCUUCUGGAAGCUAACGUAUCAACGGAAGUGUGCCUGACUGUGCUGGACACUCUCAGUGUCUUCAUCAUGGGCUUUAAGACGCAGCUGUGUGCUGAUUUGGGUCAUAACCCACUAAUGAAGAAGGUUUUCCAGGUGCACCUCAGUUUCCUCCAGAUCCCGCAGUCAGAGACAGCACUGAAGCAGAUCUUUACCUCCCUACGUGCCUUCAUUUACAAGUUUCCCUGUACGUUUUUUGACGGACGUGCGGAUAUGUGUGCCUGCUUUUGUUAUGAGAUCCUGAAGUGCUGCAAUUCCAAACUGAGCUCCAUUCGCAGUGAUGCUGCCCACCUGCUCUAUUUUCUCAUGAAGAGCAACUUUGAGUACAACGGCAGGAAGUCUUUUGUCCGUACGCAUCUUCAGGUGGUGAUUGCUGUCAGUCAGCUGAUCGCUGAUGUCAUUGGGAUUGGUGGGACACGGUUCCAGCAGUCGCUGUCCAUCAUUAAUAAUUGUGCCAACAGUGAUAAAAGUGUAAAGCACACUGCUUUCCCCUCAGAUGUGAAGGACCUGACCAAACGGAUCCGCACGGUGCUGAUGGCCACUGAGCAGAUGAAGGAACAUGAAAAAGACCCGGAGAUGCUGGUGGACCUGCAGUACAGCCUGGCAAAAUCUUACACCAGCACACCUGAGCUGCGCAAAACCUGGCUGGACAGCAUGGCUAAAAUUCAUGUCAAGAAUGGAGACCUGUCUGAGGCAGCGAUGUGUUAUGUGCAUGUGGCAGCACUGGUGGCUGAAUACCUGAAGAGGAAAGGAAUGUUCCGACAGGGCUGCUCGGCAUUUUGUGUGAUCACACCCAACAUCGAUGAGGAGGCAGCCAUGAUGGAGGAUGUGGGCAUGCAGGAUGUUCACUUCAAUGAGGAGGUGCUGAUGGAGUUGUUGGAAGCUUGUGCUGAUGGUUUAUGGAAAGCUGAACGUUAUGAACUAAUUUCAGACAUCUACAAACUCAUCAUUCCAAUUUACGAACAACGCAGAGACUUUGAGAAACUGGCCCACCUGUAUGACACAUUACAUCGGGCCUACACUAAAGUGAUGGAAGUGAUGCAUUCUGGGAAGAGGUUACUUGGCACCUUCUUCAGAGUAGCAUUUUUUGGCCAGGGUUUCUUUGAAGAUGAGGAUGGAAAGGAAUAUAUCUAUAAAGAACCCAAGUUUACCCCUCUCUCCGAGAUCUCCCAGCGCCUUCUCAAACUGUACUCGGACAAGUUUGGCAAAGAAAAUGUCAAAAUGAUUCAAGACUCCGGCAGGGUGAACCCUAAAGACCUGGAGGCAAAGUUUGCCUACAUUCAGGUGACACAUGUGACACCAUACCUGGAGGAGAAGGAGCUGGAAGAGAGGAAGACUGAUUUUGAGAGGAGCCACAACAUUCGACGCUUUGUGUUUGAGACGCCAUUCACAGAGUCGGGCAAGCGGCACGGGGGGGUGGAGGAACAGUGCAAACGCAGGACAGUGCUCACUACCACACACUGUUUCCCGUAUGUGAAGAAGCGUAUAGCAGUGAUGUAUCAGCACCACACAGACCUGAGCCCCAUCGAGGUGGCCAUAGAUGAGAUGAGUGGGAAGGUGGCUGAACUCCGAGCGCUCUGUGCAACCAGUGAGGUCGACAUGAUCCGCCUUCAGCUUAAACUACAAGGAAGCAUCAGUGUACAGGUCAAUGCUGGACCACUUGCAUAUGCCAGAGCUUUUCUUGAAGACACAUGCGCCAAAAAGUAUCCAGAUAAUAAAGUGAAACAGCUGAAAGAAGUCUUCAGGCAGUUUGUGGAGGCAUGUGGACAGGCACUGGCUGUAAAUGAAAGGCUGAUAAAGGAAGAUCAGCAGGAAUAUCAUGAUGAGAUGAAAGCCAGCUAUAAAGACCUGGCCAGAGAACUUUCCCACAUCAUGCAUGAACAGAUCUUUACUGUGGAUGGCGGAACGAAGAGGCCACUUUCUGAUUCGCUGCACAUUUUUAAUGCCAUCAGUGGCACACCCACCGGCACCACCCUGCAUGGCAUUUCUAGCGCCGCCUCUACCGUAUGACUUUUCACCCCUAGCCUUAAACAUCUGACCCAACCCACAGCCAGAGAGAGAUGGACAGAGUGAAAUACAUACAGACGUAAAACAAUCAUUGGUAUUUCAUUGUCAGCCUGGCCUUUUCUGGUGUUGUAUGUCUAAACCCAAAACAAGGUGGGUUUUUUUUUUGAUGUUAAGAGACUUUUUCCUAUCCCAACUUAAUCUGCAGAGCUAUAACUACAGUAUAAGGAAGCCAUUUGUAGGCUUUAUAUUCUCAAAGUGUGAAACUGAGGAAAAUGGCAGUUUUUUGGUUAAAGUGUUGUUUAUGUUGUUUGCAAUUUUCACACUCCAGAUUCAGUUAUUUACUGAAUCUGAGCAUAGUUAAGCCAAACCACACAAAGACAGAUCAUAGUAAAUUUUUUACAACCUCUGUUUGUUCAGCCUGAUCACAAGGGAAAUCGACAUGCUGCUACCGAAAGUUCAUUUACUCUGAAAUCGACCCCACUCUGGCAAUUUACCAACAGGCACCAUCAAUUCAAAUGUGUUCACCUUUCCCUGUUGAGCUACUGAUGCAACCUGGGGUUGACAAGGAUUCUGGUUCUAUGAAAACCAGGAAGUAAAUGUUUACAUAAACAAUGGUGAGCAUGUUUCAUUAGUUGGAUUUUCGCUCUAAAAUAAAAAUUUUACUUCAAUGAUGAUUAGGUUUAGGGUUAUAGAGUAGGGAUAAUAAAAUAUGCAUUCCUUUUGACUGUAUUAAAUCAUUUACAACUAAAUAUACAACUCUCUUUUGGCACCACUCACAUUACAGCCGGAAAAUGGUCAACAGCACUUCCGGGUUCAUGCUAUCUGUUUUUUUAUUUUUUUGUUUGUUUGUUUGUUUGUUUUUGACAAAUGGCAGAUAGGGGAGUAUUUUGGAGACAUGUUUGAAUUUUGUAUUUUUAUUUUUGCAAUUACAUUUUGUGACACUAGUGAUGCAGAAAUGAUACACUUCACCUUUAGGUUAAUUGCUGCUCUGUUCAUAUUGGGCGGCUGGAACAUCACUUUCUCUGUCUGUUGCAGUGAUGAUCCAUUGAGCUGCAGCCAAGUGAAUAUAUCUGCAUCUUUGCAUAGCAGGAAGUUUUAGUCCUACUGUACAAGACUCCCAUGAUCACCUGAGCCACUCAAACGUCUGUACAGCCUACAACUCCACUUCCAUUCUGCAACUUCUAUUUUUCCCUUAUGUAAAAAGCCAAGGAACAAAUGCUGUUUCUUUGUAGUAGAGUGCAAUAAUUCUCUUUCUUUGUCGCUUUUUUUGUUUCCUGAAGAUCUCUUGCCAAAGUGGGAGGGCUAGAUGUGAAAUACAUAUGGACAAAAGAGAGAAACACAAUGAUUUUUUUAUAACUAUUUCAUGUUUGUUUAAAUGUAAAUUGUUUUAUAACAGGGGAUUAGAUAUGGGGGGUAUUUUUAUUUAAAAGAAUGUUACACCUCUGGAAAGAUAUUAUUAAUAUCCCUAAAAUCUCUGAAUAAAAUGUAU